UAAGAGAGUAUGCUCAGUGUUCUUUUUAUAAAAUAUGAUUUAAAUAGAUGGUGAUGGGAAGGUAAUACGAUUCACCUUCCAACACCCGAUCCCUCGAUCAGGUUUUCUAUCUCCCUCCUCCCUCCUCCGACACCACCGCCAGCCCAAAAUAAAGGUUCCCCCUCGCCCCCUCCACCAACCUCCUCUUCUCUCAGCCCUUAUCCGCCCACAGCCUCUCCCUCCAUCGCUCUUCAAGCCAUCAAAAUCCGCAAUUUUGACAGCCUGACGAAAGCGACGUAAAGCGAAAGAGGAAAAAAUGGUGUCUGAGUUAAUCAAUGCGAAUCCGGUCAUCUACGAAAGGAAAGAGCGUCGGGUUCGUAGCGUUCCAAGUGCUGCUGCCGAUGAAUAUGCCGUUGAAGCCAUUGACCAACAAGAGAUUUUUGAUCAUAUUAGAGAUAUAAAGGACCCGGAACACCCUUAUUCUUUGGAGGAGCUCAAAGUAAUAACCGAAGAUGCAAUUGAAGUCGAUGAUGGCUGUGGCUACGUCAGGGUCACGUUUACUCCUACCGUGGAACAUUGUAGUAUGGCAACAGUUAUUGGUCUUUGCUUACGUGUUAAACUCUUAAGGAGCUUGCCUUCUCGUUACAAGGUGGAUAUUAGGGUGGCACCAGGAUCUCAUGCAACCGAAGCUGCCGUUAAUAAGCAACUGAAUGAUAAGGAACGGGUGGCUGCGGCGUUGGAGAACCCAGGCCUCGUUGAUAUGGUUGAUGAAUGCCUUUCUCCUUCAUACGAGUGAAUGAAUCGCUUAUCUUGACUGAUCGACUGGUCCAGUCAUCACUAUACAACUUUUCUACCAGAUAUUUAUACAUCUUGUGGCCACUUAUGUUGGUACAUUUUGAAUGGCCAGUUAAGAUGGGGAAUAUAUGGAUUAAAAGAAAUAGAGCCCCUUGUUUAAAAUUAGUUUCAUUGUUUUUCCUCUCGACUGAUUUGUAUUGUAUUAAUGUACCACAGAAUAGCAUUAGUUUAUGUUAUGUGAUUUAGUUUAAAAUCAGAUUGUUGAAUA